AUGAACAUUUUGUACUAUAAAAAGGAAGGGAAAUCACAAUCAGUUCUGUCUCGUUAUUAUCAAAAAUUCUACAACAACAUGUCUAGUCCUUAUUUGCCUGAAUGUGUCGCCAAGCUGCUCAACAAGCCCAGCAAUGAUGGCCAUAAUUUGGAGGUUCCAGCGGCAGUCCAGGUGGAUGCUAUGCAGCACCAGCAUCAGCAUAAUCCAAUAGACACUGCUAAAUGCAUGAAAUGCGCUAUUAUCAACAAGAUCUCGCAAUACACUCCUCAGCUGCAUUCAAGCUUUAGACUCACUUUCAAGGCUCAACCCAACUUGGAACUGCCUCUCUACCAUCCAUCUGCCAACUAA